AUGUCGACCAAAAUCGCCGCUCCGACCGGAUUGGCCCAGCUUCUAAGCUCUAAAAAAUACAGUGACCUGAAACUUGUCUGUCAGGGGCAGGAGUUCAACGUGCACAAAGCAAUUGUGUGCUCCCAAUCUCCAGUGCUCGCAGCGGCUGUUGAUGGUGACUUUCAGGAGGCGAGGACCAAUACUAUAGACAUCAAAGAGUUCGACGCUUGGACUGUUGAACGGAUGGUCGCAUUUAUGUAUAUGAAAGACUAUGACCUUGACGCGGAAGAGAGGCAGCUUGAAAGCGUAUUUGAGCCUGACAACACGACCGUAGGAGCAAUCGACCAAGACGAUAAAGACGAUUCUUCUCUCCCUCCAUCAACACCCUUGGAUUCUCACCUUACGGCACCACCGGGUGUGAUCUUGCUCGGUCAUGUUCAAGUCAACGCGAUCGCAGACUACUACAACGUGCCAUUAUUGAAAGAGCUUGCGAAUACGAAAAUCCAGAGGAUCCUUGACGAAGACUGGUCCCCGAAUGGCUUUCUUGACGCCGUUAAGGGGGUCCUCCACUCAACCAGCGAUAUCGAGUUACACAAGAUCAUGGCUUCAACAGCUACCCAGCACGUCGACGAACUCAUCGAGCUCGACGACUUCGGCAAGGCUCUAGACAUGAGUGAUUUCGCCUUUGGCAUUAUGCGGAACACGAUUACAGCAUUCCAGGCCAAAGUGGAAUCAACCACUACGGAACUGCAAGAUAUGUCCGACUACGCCAUGACAUUGUUAACGCAUGAGUCAAUGCAAAGGAGGGAGGCUAAUAGGGCAAAUCGCACUAUCGAAAACUUUGCGGCUUGUCGCACGAUACUUGGUAAUACCAAGGCUUGUCGUAAUGUUCAUUGUAGCGCAGAGUUCAAUUGCUAUAUCGAAAGCGGUGGUUCGCCUCGAGAGCCAAAAUACACACUCCGCUGCUCGUGGUGCUACUGCAGACAUAGGGGGUAA